AUGGUCAGCCUCGACAGGCGGCCAAGCGUCAGCAGCAACAGCAGCAACAGCAGCAACAGCAGCAACGAUAGGAACGUUGACUCAGACUACGCGUCGACAGCGAGGCCGCGCGCCAGGUCACAAAUGGACGUGAUAGAUGGCCGAACGGGCACACUCAGGGACCACAGCAGAGGCCGGCAAGCGAUAUUCAACGACCGGAUUCAUGCAGGACGGCAGCUGGCCAACAACUUGCGGGAGUACGUGGGCGACAGCAGCGUGGUUGUUUUGUCCAUCAGCCGCGGCGGAGCAGUCGUCGGCUCCGUGAUUUCCGCGGCCUUGGGCCCACGAAUCCAGCACCUGUACUAUAUUGUGCGGUCAAUUCCGUGCCCCAAUCUCCCGCGGCUGUCCCUGGGCAGCGUGGCCGGCGACGGCAGCGUGCGCAUAGACAAUGCCGUGGCCAAAUGCGUAGGCGCCAAUGCCAAUUCCCCUUGGCUCCUGCAAAGCAUCGAUGCAAUCGACGAGCAGCUCAAUUGCGAGCAGCGGCAGUUUCAUUUACCUGCGCCCACAGUCGAAAUGCUCCAAGGCCGGACACUCCUUGUGGUGGACGAUGGGAUUGAGGCCGGGGACACGAUGCGCGAAGCCAUUAUGCACUUGAAACACUGCUAUGGCGCCAAUAAGAUCAUUGUUGCCGUGCCUGUGUGUUUGGCGGAUCUGCGCAAGCAGCUGCUGCGGCAUGUGGAGAGCGUGGUUGAUAUUGUGUCGCCGAUUUUUGUCGGAUCGAUUGCGCGGUGGUAUGCGCGGGGUGUGGCUGCGUCACAUGCGGAGCAGAUUGUUUUGAACCGCCUGUUUACGAACACUGGAGGCAGCGAGUUUGAUCUGGAAUGA